AUGAGCGAUCCCAGUAAGAAGUUAUUGGACGAGUUCCGGUCUCUCAUUGAUGAGACUACUAUUCUGUCCAUCUCUAGUGACUAUGACUUGGAAGAUCCUAAGGGAUUUGCUGCUGCGCGACAAGUCCUAUUAGCAAUUUCUGAGCAUGUGGAAGCGGAAGAAGCUACUGGCUUCAAUCCGAGCGGUCUGGGUGUCGAUGAUAUUGUAGACAUCAAUCCCUCAACCCAGGAUGAUGAUGCGGAGGCCGCUGGCGCAACUAGUAGCGACAUGAAGAGCGUUGACGGCUUCACUGUCACAACAGAGAAUUCCAUACCCCCAAGUCUUGUAUCCUCGGGGUCGUCGAAAACGUCCACCCUUGAGAACCCCGGGUUUCCCCAAGUAGACAUCUUUGACGGCCUUACGGACAGCGAGAAGGAAGAGCAGCUCACUCAGAUGUUCGUCUCCCUUAAGUCCAUCGAUGUGAAGCUGUGUCUGCAGAAGUCAAAGGGUAAUGCGAGCCUCGCUAUUGACGAACUCCUCAACCUCCAAUGGCUCGAGCAGACCGGUCAACGUCCUAAAGGGGUCGAUGGCUUUUAUGUAUCUGAUGAUGACAACAUUCCGAAUAGGAGGAAGAAGAAGGGCAGAAAGAAGAAGAAAGUGGCUAAGGUGACGUCACCCAAGCAUGCCGGUUUGGAAAAUGCAUUUCAAGAAGCAAGCGACGGCGAUACUAUACAGAGCGCGGAGAAUAUUGCACUCAUAUCUGAUAAACUUAAUCUACCAUCUUCAGAGGUAACAAGCAUCUACCAACAUCAUAACGCCUCCCUCGGAGCUACUAUAGUCAAAAUUCUAGACAAUUACAUCGUUGUGGGCAUACCAUCGUCAGAUCCCCAUUUACUGUCUGACGUCCAGAAGGAGAUGGGUAGAUUUCCUUGGGUACCUUAUGAAUAUGUCAAGGCCACUUUCGAGAUCUGCUCAACGCACAGCGAUACUAUAAGCAUUAUCCAUGUAUUAGCAGAUCACUUUGAGAAGCCGACAUACUUGAAAUACGAUGUACCGUACAGUGUGGUAGCGUCAGGCUCCGAGGAAAUUGAUAUGCCUGAACCUACAAAAGCAUCGAAUUCGUGGCAAUCACCAAGAUCUCCUACAGCCAUCCGCUCGCCAACAAUUGAUCUACCCAUACGGGCUUCAACCCGCCCAGGGAAUCUUCAAGCUGCCGCAUCUGUCUCGAAGACAAUUGCCGAGUCAAGAAACCACUCAUUCUCGUCAGCUACAUCAGCCUUCAAGAAGGGCAGAUCCGACCCUCUAUUUAGACAAGCCGGCGCGUACUACGUUGAACGUGCCCAGCAGCAAUCCAUGAGCUACCGGCAAGCUAAUAGUGUCGAAGCGAACCUCCAUGUCGAUCGACAGAGCACAGAAUACACGAUCGAUCUCCACGGCGUCACGGUGCAGGAUGGCAUCGAUAUUGCCCUGGAUCGAGUAUCAAGAUGGUGGCGAAGCCUCGGUGAGGAGCGAGUGCGGAAAGCGAAGACGCAGGGGCUUACCGUCGUUACUGGCAUUGGUAAACACUCUUCGGGUGGGAAGUCGCCGUUGCGUAUUAACGUUAUUAAGGCGCUCGUUGCUGAUGGUUGGAAAGUUGAGAUACAAACUGGUUCGUGCCUCAUCACGGGAAGACAAUAG